AAGAGGCUGUACUUCGAUGUAUGACCGCUAUCACUGGUUCGGUCAUCACUCGCCUCUCCGCACCAAACAAUGGACGCUGCACCAGGAACCCGUGGCUCCGUGUGCAACGCAAACCGACAAUCGAUAAGCGGGGGAUCUACCAGCGGCCGCUACUGAGAGCUCCGACCUUUAUGCAAGGGCCCACCGCGCCGGAGCAAACCACUGCAACUCACCUUCUACAAUCCCCUCUGCCGCUGCUAGCCUUGCCGUCGCCAUGGAUUCACUAAACAAUGUCACGCUGCGGCCAUGGCCAGCUACCGAAAAGGAAGAGCUGACCCAGGACGACCUGUUGAUCAAGAUUGAGCAGCUCGCAAGCGAACGGGGCCAUUUGCGCAACAUCACCGAACAGUCGCUGCAGCAAGACAUUGACACGGGAAAACACGUGCCCGACGAUGCCGACGACGCAACUAAGCAGGAGGGCAAGGACAAGGAAACCGAUGCGCCGUCCCGUCAAGAGCAAGCAGAAAAGGUGUUCAAAGCAGGCCAGGAAAUGUACAGCCACUUGGAGUGGGCCAAGUUUGCUGCUACCAAUGCGCUCGAUCUCGUCUCUCUCGUCCUGUCGCAAGACCCGAACAAGCGCAGCCUCAACUUCUUCAGCCCAACCUUUCGCGAGCAGGGUCUGAACCAGGGCAUUCCUCUCGGGUCUUUUGGCAUGAGCCGGGAGAAUCAUGAACACCGAAUCCGUAAGCCCGAGGAGCAGCAGAGGUUGCAGGAUGUCGAGGCGAGACAAGAGGUUGUGGCACAAGGCGCACGUAUGGACGCGCUCGACUCGUCAGUAGAUGAAAUCUUAAAGGCAGCAAAACACUUGGAGAAGGAAAUACGACGAGAAACAAAGUACUGGCACCAGAUUGUUUCUGUCUCGGAUAAGGGCUGGCCUAUUCAGCGUCUACGUCAAAACGUGCGCCACGCACCUUUUGCGGUGCGCUAUGGACUUCCAGAAGCGAGUGAUCACUUCAAAGCCCGUGGUUUCGCCCCUCUGCAAAUGGAUAAGGAUGGCAGCAUCAUUCUAGAUCCAGCUCUUGCACUAAAGCCAAAGAUACUCCGCGUUCGAAUCAGUGUUAAUGGAAAAAUCACUGGAACAUCUCAAAUUUCAAUUGACACCGAGCUCGCCAACCAGUCACUGGAAAAGUCCAUCCAGUUGGCACGGGAUUCUUUGUUCGAAGAAGAGCUCUAUUACGAGAUGAGUUUGGAGACGCGACAGUUGUUAGCAUACGGAGUCGAAUUCCGGGACUCUGUCAUUUAUGUUGAUGCGCCUCAAAUGGGCAGCCUGUCGCAAAACCGCAAGCUGCUCAUCGACUGUGUACCCCGAGACGAUCCUAUACCGAGCAGCCAAUCUCGCGAGUACGACUGGCUGGCUAAGAAUAUUGCUGAAUCACUCCGCCUUUUGCUGGCUCAUGAGCAUAGCAUGCGUCUCUAUCGGAGAUCACAGCUCCCACCUCCAUUAACAGGAAAAUCACGUGAAAAACAACCACCGCCAUUGCUCCGUACACUCCUUGCUGUCCUUUACCACAUUGAGGGCGUGGAUUCGCUUCACGCCUAUCUUGGAUCCGUUGCGAAAACUCUCCGCAGCGCCGGUCUGGACGUGACCUUGGAAACAACGCGUGAAAAUUCCUGGGCAACUCUUGUUGGAAGCUUAGAAACAUCAUCCAAGAAGGGCAUAUCAGCUACUGAUCAGCUCUUUGAGAUUUUCAUGAAGCCGUUUGGUGGAACUGCUACUUUGACCCUCCCUACUUCAAACGGCGCACAGUCGGAGACUUUGAGUAUCAUUACACGUACCAUCAUCGGCCAACCCACUUUCGGCACGGAACAUAGAUUAAGUCUUCCGUCCACGCUAAGCUCCGAUCUUGGAUUGUUCCAGCAGCAGAAAUUUGCUACUGUCGAAGAACUCAAGUCGUAUCUGGACUGGAUCCUUUCGCUCCACGUUGCCCAUCGAUUACUCAAGAACGACUACUCUUCACGCGCGCAGACCAGAAGCCAAGAUGCGCGGCUCUCGAUUCGGACCAAGGAUGCGAAGAAAGGUGUUGCAUCAUCAAAGGAUAUUAGAAUUGAAUUCAAUGAUGGGGAGCUCAAGAUCGCAAAGUUUGCCACAGAUGCACCGGAGGAAUCUGAGGAUUCAGAACAAUCGCAUACCUGGGUUGGGACAGAUGACAGCACCUCUUUAAAAGAGGUUAUCAAGAGUUGGGUUGGAUGAAAGUCUAGACCAAACGGCAGCUGCACGCAAAGUUUCAGCGUCCCUCCAGCUGCUACGUUGUCCGAGACUACAUUCCAUCCGAUUUAAAAACGAGGACAGUCAUUGUCGAUUGUAAGAUUAUACAAAUCCCUACGACAUCAAAAAUACAAGCCUUCCUGCUCUUAGUUCAAGAACAGGUACCCUGGUCUAGCUCCGUCCGCACCGUGCCGCCAAUGUCGCAUUGCAUCACAAAAGCGGGGUGAACCGUUAUGAUGUCUAAACCGUAAUUAGGUAAAUACUCUUGGAUACAACCUCAAAUGCAGAGCUAGAUCGCCUGUAACCCUUGUUUUUUCAAGUACCUGACACGUACAUGACGUGGAGACUAUUGUACGGCCUAAUCGUACCAUCUGAGGUCAUUUUCGCAGUUUACGCGUGUUCAAU